AUGGCGCCAAAGAAGAAGAACAACAAGAAGCAGAAUGAUGACUGGGAGGCGGAGUUGGGAGAGACCGUUGAGCCUGUCACCGCAAAGGAGCCUGAUGCUGAAACCGCCGAGGCCGACCCUGAGGAGGAAUUUCCAGCAGGAGGACUCAUGGCUAUGAUGCGCAAGAAGCAAAAGAAAGGCAAGAAGGGAAAGCAGCUGGAAGAUUUCGUUGAGGGGGAGGACCCCCCAGCCGCGGAUGAACAACCUCAAGACGAUUUCGCAGACAAAGCUCCCGUUGAAGCUUCGAUAGACGAUGAAUUUGUUCUGCCAGAAAAAAAAGGAAAGGGAAAGAAUGCGCAGGCUAAGGCUGCAAAGAACGACGAGGCAGGAGAUGACGAUUUAGGUGCUGAUGGGAAAAUGCUUACCAAAGCGCAAAAGGAAAAGUUGAGGAAAGAGAGAGAAAAGCAGAGGAAGAAGGAACAGGCGGCUUUGAAAAAGAAGACCGCUCCGGCUGGAAAGGCUGCUGAGGUUGAGAAGCCAGUGGAGGAAGUGAAAUCAGUAGAGACUGCACCCGCUCCUGCUGCAGGUGGUAAAGGCAAAAAGCUACCAGCUGCCCUUGCGAAGCUACAGAAACAACAAGAGGAACUCAAAAAGCGGGAAGCAGAAAGAGCUGCUGCGAUUGCAGCUGAGAAGGCUCGAAUCGAAGAAGAGGAGCGUCGAGAAGCUGAAGAGGAAAAGAAGCGCGAAGAGGCCAGAGCUUUGAGAAAGCAAAAGGAGAAGGAGAAGAUUGAACAACAGAAGAGAGAGGGUACCUAUCUCACUAAGGCCCAAAGGGAGGAGAAAUUACGAAACGAAAUGAAGCUAAAGCAAAUGAUUGACGCUGGUGUAAAGGUGGGAGGUGGAGAAGGAGGAGAAAAGAAGAAGGUCGUCUACGGAAACAAAAAGAAGGGUGGGAAGAAGAAUCCUGCCGAAAUCAAGGCUGAUGAAGAGAGGGCUCUUGCUGAAGCCGCUGAACGUGCGAAGAAGGAGGCCGAGCGAAUUGCGGCGGAAGCUGCAGCUAAAGCAGAAAGGGAGGCUGCUGAAGAAGCCGCCAAGAAAGAAAAAGAGGAUAGUGAAUUAGAAGACUGGGAGGCGGCUGCAGACGAGGAGGAUGUUAAGGAAAGCUGGGAUGCGGACUCUGACGAGGAGGGAGAGAAGAAAGCUGUCACUUCUUUACCGACCAGAGCGAAGGAGGCAGAAGACUCCGAAUCUGAAUCUGAUUCGGAAGAUGAUGAUUCUUCUGAAGACGAAGAAGCCACAGCAAGAGAACUGGCCGAGCAGAAACGAAAGGCAGAGGCCGCUGACAGACGUAAAAAAGCACAUGAAGCCGCAUUGGCAGCUAGGUCGAAGGAUAACCUGCGCUCUCCCAUUUGCUGUAUCCUUGGACACGUCGAUACUGGUAAAACUAAGCUUUUGGACAAGAUUCGACAAACCAACGUGCAGGAAGGAGAAGCUGGAGGUAUUACACAACAAAUUGGUGCGACUUACUUCCCUGUUGAGGCUAUCAGGAAGAAGAUUGCAGUAGUAAACAGAGAUGAUAGCUUUGAUCUCAAAGUUCCCGGUCUCUUGGUCAUCGAUACCCCUGGUCACGAGUCUUUCUCUAAUUUACGUUCCCGUGGAUCGUCACUUUGUAACAUCGCCAUUCUUGUUGUCGAUAUUAUGCACGGCCUUGAGCCCCAGACUUUGGAGUCGAUGAAACUCCUUCGAGAUAGAAAGACUCCUUUCAUUGUUGCUCUCAACAAGAUCGAUCGUCUAUAUGGCUGGAAAAAGGUUGAUAACAAUGGAUUCCAAGAAAGUUUGGCACUUCAAAAUAAGGGUGUCCAGAACGAAUUCGCGAAGCGUCUGGCCGAUACUAAGCUUGCUUUCGCCGAACAGUCAUUCAACGCCGAAGUCUUUUACGAGAACAAAUCUAUGGCUAGAAAUGUUUCCUUGGUUCCAACAUCAGCUCACACUGGUGAAGGUAUUCCAGAUAUGUUGAAGUUGAUUCUCCAACUCACCCAAGAGCGUAUGGUUGGUUCAUUGAUGUACCUUUCCGAAGUUCAAUGUACAGUCCUCGAAGUCAAGGCCAUCGAAGGGUUUGGUAUGACUAUUGAUGUCAUUCUAUCCAACGGUAUCCUUCGAGAAGGUGAUCGCAUCGUGUUAUGUGGUGUAGAUGGGGCUAUUACUACAAAUAUCCGAGCGCUUUUGACACCAGCCGAGAUGAAAGAACUUCGUCUGAAAUCCCAAUAUGUGCACAACAAGGAGGUCAAGGCCGCGCUCGGUGUCAAGAUUUCUGCACCAGGUCUCGAAGGUGCUAUUGCAGGUUCAAGAUUGAUGGUCGUUGGUCCUGAUGAUGAUGAGUCGGAUAUUGAGGCUGAGGUUGAGUCUGAUCUUGGGUGCACUCUUUAG